CUGCUCUUUCCCCCCUUUUUGACUUUUUUAUUCUGCCCGUUUCCGCGUGCUUCUUUUUUUUUUAUUGCCUUUUAUUGUAGCUUCCUCAAAAUCACUCUCCGUCCAUUGCUCCCCUGCACAAACUAAGGGACAUACACUACACCCUUUUAUUUUAUCUUAUUUUUUAUUUUUAUUUUUUAUUUUUUAUUUUUUGUCUCUUUGUCUUCGAGCUCUUUGUCUCAUUUUCCCUUCCCCUCCCUCUCCUCCACUGCAUAUCCCUAUUAUUCUCUUCGUCUCACGUCAUGGCUUCCAUCGGAGAGAUCCUCUUGAACACCCUCUCACAAGAUCAACAGAUCCGUGAAGCCGCAACCACUCAACUCGAGACAGCAGCCAGCGAAGAUUUUAAACAAUAUGUGGUCAUGUUGUGCCAAGAGCUCGGCAAUGAGCAAAGUCAAGCCCGUAUCCCUGCUGGUUUGGCUCUCAAAAACGCAUUGACAACAAGGGAAGUUAUUCGUCGUAAUGAAAUCUCUGCUCGAUGGUUGGGUAUUGAUGAAUCUACAAGAAGCCAGAUCAAAACCUUGGUCUUGACUACGCUUGGUACUCCUGAUCUUCGUGCCGGUCUUGUCGCAGCUCAAGUUGUAGCAGCCAUUGCUACUAUUGAACUCCCAGUUCAGCAAUGGGAGGAUGUUAUUCGCCUUAUGCUUCAGAAUCUCCAGACCACUGACAACACCAAUCUGAAACAAUGCACCCUUCGAGCUAUUGGAUACAUCUGCGAAACGAUUCCCCGCAAAAUCCUGACAUCGCAAUCCAAUAGCAUUUUGACAGCGGUUGUUCAGGGUGCACGCAAAGAUGAACCAAAUGAGGCUGUUCGUUUGGCUGCCAUCGGUGCCUUGUACAAUUCAUUGGAGUUUGUUGAGGAGAAUUUCAAGAGAGAGGGCGAACGUAAUUACAUCAUGCAAGUGGUCUGUGAGGCUACUCAGAGCCAGGAUGUUCAAGUUCAAAUUGCAUCGUAUGAGUGCUUGGUGCGCAUUAUGCAGCUCUAUUAUGAAUACAUGCCAUAUUAUAUGCAACAGGCCCUCUUUGGACUUACUGUCCAGGGUAUGAAGCAUGAAAACGAGCGUGUUGCUCUGCAGGCUGUCGAAUUCUGGUCAACCGUCUGUGAGGAGGAGAUUGAUUUGGAAAAUGCCAAAAUGGAUGCUCUUGAGAAUGGAGUAGUGCCUGAUACGACCAACUAUUACUUUGCUAGGGCCGCCUUGUCCGAAACUUUGCCUGUUCUCUUGCAAUUGAUGGCCAGGCAGGAUGAGGACGAUGAAGAGGAUGACUGGAACCUUUCUAUGGCCGCAGGAACCUGUUUGUCUUUGACUGCACAGUGUGUUGGUAAUAUUAUUGUCGCCCCUGUUAUUCAUUUCGUUGAAGCCAACAUCAAGAGUAGCGAAUGGCAGUACCGUGAAGCAUCCGUCAUGGCCUUUGGUUCUAUCCUCGAAGGUCCAGGACAUGAUCUGCUGAUCCCCCCUGUAUCACAGGCGCUUCCUUUCCUGAUUGAAAUGAUGAGGGAUCCCGUGAUCAAGGUCAAAGAUACUACCGCUUGGGCUUUGGGACGUGUUUCACAGUCUUUAGUAGAAUGUAUUAAACCCGAUGUCCACCUUCACCCCCUCAUUGACGCUCUCAUCCGUGGAUUGGGCGAUUCAAACAGAAUUGUCUCAAACUGCUGCUUGUCUUUGAUGAACCUAGCGGAGCAACUGGAGGGAGAACAGGGUCCUGAUUCGCCUACCAGUCUCAUGUCGCCAUUUUUUGAUAGUAUCAUUACAGCUUUGCUGCAGAUCACUGACCGAAAUACCAACGAGGCAUUCUCUCGCACCUCUGCUUACGAAGCCAUUUCAAUCUUGAUCAGUCAUAGUGCCAAGGACAACUUCCCCGCUAUUUCGCAAUUGACCUUGACGAUCUUGGACCGCCUGGAACAGAGCAUCGCUGUUCAGAAUCAAAUUGUUGGAGUCGAUGAGCGUAACGCUCACAGUGAGUUGCAAUCCAACAUUUGCAGUGUGUUGACCAACAUCAUUCGUCGUGUUGGAGGAGCGAUUUCUCCCAUGGCUGACCGUAUCAUGACCGCGUUGUUACAGUUGUUGACUGCUGCUUCAAGACAAUCUACUAUUGUGGAAGAUACAUUUUUGGCUGUCGGUGCUCUGACUACUGCUUUGGAGGCUGAGUUUAGCCGCUACUUGGAUUCUUUUGCCCCAUUCUUGUUCACUGCCCUUCAGAAUCAUGAGGAGUACCAGCUGUGCUCAAUUGCUGUUGGUUUGAUUGGAGAUAUCUGCCGCGGUUUGGGUGCACAGUCAGCUUCCUAUUGUGAUAGCUUUAUGACGACUCUUUUGCAAAACUUACAGAGCCCUGUAUUGCACCGCGCUGUUAAGCCAGCCAUUCUUUCAUGCUUUGGAGAUAUUGCAUUGGCUAUUGAGGGUCAGUUUGCUAACUACCUUGAUGUAACCAUGAGUGUCCUUGCACAGGCUUGUAACAUUACUGCUGGAUCCACUGAUUAUGACAUGAUUGAUUAUGUGAACCAACUUCGUGAGGGUAUUGUGGAUGCCUAUGUUGGAAUCGUUCAAGGGUUGAAGAGUAGUGGACAAUCUGCUCUUCUGGCGCCUCAUCUUCGUCAUGUGUUUGAGUUCCUCUGCGCAGUCUACAAUGAUCCUGAGCGCUCGGAUACGCUCUUGCGCAACAUGAUUGGACUGAUUGGUGAUUUAGCGGACUCGUUCCCUGGUGGAGAUAUUCGUGACUUCCUUGUAGCGGAAUGGAUUGGUCAAUGCUUAAAGGAGGGCCGCAGCAGUCGCCAACACUCUGUUACGACUAAAGAGGUUGCACGCUGGGCAAAGGAGAUGGUCAAGCGUGCUACUGCCAUGUAAAGAUUUCAUCCCAAAGGAAUUGCAAUCACCAGAACGACCUUUUUUUUCCCGCUUUCCUUUAAUCGUACGCUCGCUUUUUGUAUUGCAAUGAUGAAUUCCAUCUCUUUCUUUCUUUCUUUACUACUUCACCACUGUACUUUUCCUCCUUUUCAUACUCUCUCUUUCCAU